AACCAGGCGGGGCCUGGGGUCGCUGGGCACCGCUAUAGCCCGGCUCCGUUCACAGCCCCUCUCUCCCUGCCGAGGCUGCUCGCAGCCGGUGCGGGGCGCUGUGUCCGGCUCUGCAGCCGCGUCUUCGUAGAGCGAGCGAACGAGCCGCCAGCCGGGUGGCCCCCACCAGCCUUCUGGUCCCAGCCUGUCGAGCCAGCCAGCCAGGGCGGACGGCAGCAGCGCCGCCGCCGCCAGCUCUGCUCCUGCUUCGGCGGAGACGCGGGCGCGAUGCGGCCCCCGCCGCUGCUGUGGCUGGGCCUGGUGCUCGGGGUGCUGCGCGCGGCGUGCGGGGGACCCAGCGACCAGCACUACGUGGACGGCGACCACCGGGCCGACUACGACCGGGAGGCGCUGCUCGGAGGCCAGGACGGAGCAGAGGAAUACGCUAAACUCAGUCCCGAAGAACAGCAAAAGAGACUGAAGGCCAUCAUAAAGAAAAUUGACUUGGACUCCGAUGGAUUCCUUACUGAUGAUGAGCUAAGUUCAUGGAUCCAGCAAUCUUUUAAGCAUUAUGUUACGCAAGAGGCUAAACAACAGUUUGGUGAAUAUGAUAAAGAUGGUGAUGGAUUAGUAUCUUGGGAGGAGUACAACAUUCAAAUGUAUGAUCGUCUAAUUGACUUUGAUGAGAAUACUGUCCUGGAAGAUCAAGAAGAAGAAUCAUUUAGACAGCUUCAUUUAAAGGACAAGAAGCGGUUUGAAAAAGCCAAUAGAGAUGAAGUUCCUGGUCUGAAUCUGAAUGAAUUUAUUGCUUUUGAGCAUCCCGAAGAAGCUGAGUAUAUGACGGAAUUUGUCAUUCAGGAGGCUUUAGAAGAACAUGAUAAAAAUGGUGAUGGACUUGUGAGCCUGGAAGAGUUCCUUGGUGACUACAGAAGAGAUCCAACUGCAAAUGAAGAUCCAGAAUGGAUACUUGUCGAGAAGGAUCGAUUUGUGAAUGAUUAUGACAAGGAUAAUGAUGGAAAACUCAACCCUCAAGAACUGCUGACUUGGGUAGUACCUAAUAAUCAGGGUAUUGCACAAGAGGAGGCUCUUCAUCUGAUUGAAGAAAUGGAUUUGAAUGAUGAUAAAAAGCUCUCUGCAGCAGAGAUUCUUGAGAACCAGGAUUUGUUCCUUACAAGUGAAGCAACAGAUUAUGGCAGGCAGCUCCAUGAUGAACGUUUCUACCAUCAAGAACUUUAGUUUACUCAUUUGUGAUCUUGCUGCCUCUGGAGUUUUUCUUUAGGGUACUCAAAUUUAUAAGCUGCAUUUUAAGUUUUACUUUGUGUGAUUAUAAUAUACUAGUGUUUGUGUAAGUGUUUUGCAUUCUAAAUUUAAUUACUUAAGUACUUUUGCAAGUUUUCAUAGACCUUUUCAGCCUUCAGAACUAGUCUGAAAUAUUUAGUAUUCCUCGAAUUGCAGCAUUAGCAUUUUUGGCAUCUGAAAAAGUAAAAACAUUCUUAAAUAAUCUAUAUGUUUAGUACUGUAUUGUGAAAUGAGUUGUACUACCGUACUUGAAGAGUCUGAUUCUGAAAAAAGGCAAAAUGUGUGAGAUAAGCAAAAAUUACUAAUCAUUUAAUUAGGUAGUUAACGUUUUUCAGAAAUUGGGGGGGGCGGAAGGAGCAAUGUUUAGGUUCACUAUUAAAGAUGUUUUAUUUAAUACCCUUGGAGGAACAUUCAAAAGGAUUAAUACCUCAAUUGUUCAAGAGGUUUCUGCUUAUUUUUAAAUGAUUUCUAUAGCAGGUUAAUUGUAUGAUAUAAAACCUUAUAUUUUUGCAUCUGUACAGAUAGUAAUUAUUUUUAAUGUAUAAUUCUACAUCAUUAGAGGUACAUGUAGUAUUUCAGUGUCAGAACCCUCUUUGUUUGUCAGAUUAAAACAGUUAAAUGAUC